UGCUAGGCUGGCGUAAGCACUUUCCCAAAACUUAAACUCCUUCAUAAUACCACAAUAUUUGAUUGACUAGUACUGAUCUACGAAAUAGAAGAAGAAUUCGUCUCAUCUUCAGAAAAAGGAAAAAAAUGCCGUCCUCAAAAACUCACAUCCGCCGCACGAGUACGAGCGGGACGCCAGAUCACAAGGGCGACGCUUUUUCGCCUCAAUUUGGGCAUGAGACGGCGGCCUUCGUGCAUUCUGGUAGUGCGAAACUGCCUGUGCCUGUGUCUGCGCCGCUACAGCCUGAAGCACCCGUUGUCGGAACACAACCUAUGAUACCUUCGCUGGAGCUCCCGCAACGGCCGUCGCUAGACCUCCUGGACGAGGUAGGCCGAGGAAGCAGUAGCGCUUCUCAUAUCGGCACACCGAGAACAAUUACAACAUUGACACCGCGCACAACAGUAGCGGCAGAGGAGGAGCACAUUUGCGACCAGUUUGCCGCAUUAGCGAGGAAAGGAGAAGAUCGUGGUGACGUAGAAGAUGAAGGAUCACAUGUACAUCCGCUUGUUGUGCAACAGUCUGAAGAUCAACAACAUGUUCUUGAUGAGCCAAUGUUAUCCGGAUCAUUCGUCACAGCGCAUUCCUACGUGACUGCGAGUGAGGCACCUGGUCCAACGCCGGAUUGUUACGAGACACCGGUUAGGGGUACUAGACGACACAGCGAUGAUAAACCGGAAGGGGAUAAUAUUCAUGGUGACCGUGUUGAGACAGGAGAACAUCAUCAACAGCACUGUGGACCACAGAUGGAAGUGCAGAUCAAAGGUGCUGAAGAAGGUAUCGCUCUGGCGACAGAUGUGAUGAUGAAAUUUUCUCCUACGUUGGAAGAUAAAUCAGUCUUCUCGAAUGCAAGAGAAGCUGAAAACGGACAUGGAGACAAUGUCGACGCCACUCAUUAUCAUGUUGAGCAAAACACUCCCACUCAUUAUCAUGCUGAGCAAAAUAGUGCUAAAAAAGGAGCCAGUUUCGCUGCUCACAGUUUUGCUGCAAUCGCAGGAACUGAAGACGGCAACACAACUCGAGCUCUGCAGUUGCCCGAUCCAAGCGAGGUGGACCCAGAUAGAACGAUUUCCUGGCUCUCGGACACAGUAGCAACUUUGAGAACCAUCACGAGUCAGCGUAAACAGAUGCAAGGAACAAAUACAACUUGCAAGAGUGGCAGAACACCAGAGAAGAUUGUGGAAGAAAAUUUAGAGGAAGAUGUGGAGGUUGUCGCUAGUAGACUCCUGGAGGAUCCUGUGAAGGUUGAUUAUGCUAGUCAUUGUCAUGGUGUCCUCGUUGUAGAGGGCGAGCAUUCAUCCGGUGCACCUGGGGAACAGCAUGCCCAUGAUGCGGAGAUGUUGCUUCGCUCUGAUGAACUACCUAAAAAUCAAGUGGACGUAGAUCUAAUGCAACAAGUAGAAGAUCAACCAGUUCCUGGCCGUCCUGUAGGUGUAGAAGAUCAACCAGGACUUCCACUUGAGAGUGCUGGUCCUCCAGGACGUCCUGGCGUUGUCCCGGGAGGACCAGCACUCUCUGCUUCUCAAGAAAACAAGUCCGGGUCGUGCCAAGAUACUUUGAUUUUGCCGCUGCCAUCCCCCUCAGCGGCUGUGGGCCUCGCGGCUAAGAAGAUGAAAUAUCACAGACCUGGGAGGACUAGUAGAUAUGCGGAUCAUGGUGGUGGUGGUGACGGUGAUGUAGCUGGUUUGAAUGGGGAUUUCAACAUUGAAAGUCCAAACAUUGCGUCAAAUCAGCAACAUCUGGAGGUUGUUGGUGUUGCCACGCCGAUUCUGGGUGAAGAACAAGGGAUGGAGGCAGGGAAGGGCAAUGUUGAAGUCCAUCAAGCAGCAAAGAACGAGAACAUGUUCUACUCCGAAGUAGAGGACGCUAAGAAUAAGAAACAAGAACAACAAGCACCAGCAGCUGUUGUAGAUGUGAAUCAUCUUCAUGCUCGCAUUCAACAAGUAGUCAGAAAAUCUCAUCAGCAAAGCCAACAAGCGAAGCAGCCAGUUCUGGGAGAAUCGGCACGACGUUUGAAGCAGGUUGUGGGUGAUAGUAGAAAUCGAAAGCGGGGAAGCGUCCACGGAGAUGCUGUUUCGGCAAGUCGCAACAUCAGAAAAGCGCCGUUAGCAGAUGCUCUUCAACAUCCUAAUCGAAACAUCAACAGAACACCACCACCGCACGCCGCAGCUCCAGCAAAACAAGUGAAGUCUUCAGUUCGUGGCCGUGGCGGUGCCUCUCCUAACAAACAUAAGUCUAACGUUUUCAACAUGAUUCGUGGAAAUGUAGAUCAACGUGGAGGUAAUAUGCGUCAGGGUCCUGGAGGAGGAAACAGAGACAAACACUUCGCGGCUUGUUCUCCAUCACCAAUAAAGCGAGCACCGAACAACCACAAGGUUGAUCAAAAGAAGAAGAUCAUGAGAGCUCUCAGUCCUUACCUCGUUGCUUCUCCGUAUCGGGUGCCGCUCACACCUUCUGCAGGACGCGCUGAAUCGAAGGGCAAGCCGCGUGGAAAUAGUAGAACCCCGUCACGUGGGGUGCAGCAAUCCGAACAUCAAGGGGAAAAUAGAUCUCACCAGAUCAAACAAGAUCAUGAAAAAGGAGCGCCAUCUCGGUCACCUGAUAAAAAGAAAACAGAACAGCAAGUACCUCAGCGACAUCACAACCACCACCAGCCUCGUGCUGGUCCUCUUGAUGUCUUGAAACAUCAUAAAGAAAGAUACAUGAAAGACAAUAAGAUUGGACUAAACAAGAGAACUCCUUCUGUUUCUCCGGUGCGUCGUGGCGCUAGGCCACCACGUGGGCCGCCGCAGUCUCCAUUCGUCACACCUUCUGCAGCACAAAGAAACUCCAACAAGCCUACUAAAACACGAGCAAGCCAGCGACAGCGGUCACCUUCCUUUUCACCGUCACCAAUGGUUCGCGCCAUGAUGAAGGACAGGAGAGUUGCACCUUUGGGGCCAGUGAGCAAUGGCGUGAAAAAGUUCGCUGAAGCACAGGAGUUGAAACCGCCACGUCGAGAACAGCAGCUUGUUGUUUCAGACAAGUCAGAAGUAGCGCCGGAGGCUAAGGACGUUGAGAGUCAAACAAAAGGCGAGGUCGUAACGACUCAUCUAGCGAAGCAAGCAGAUGAAGAGCAAAACCUCAACAAUGCUCGUGAGGGUGUCGGUCAAGAAGAUGUGCAGCUUCUCUCACCGGAAGAGAAAUUUUUGUUUGACAAUCCACAAAACUCCUUCGACGUGGACGUUGACAACAACCACAAGAACAGCACUCGGGAACAAGAACAAGCCAAAGCGAUCGUCUACAAUGACAUCAGUUCUGCUCUAGAUCAGGCUGUUGUACUAUCUGGAGGUGGAGGUACAGGCAGUGCCAACGCGUCGAUCGAGAAUGUAAACGACAGGAUGUUCUCAGGCGCCAUGAGGAGCUCAUCUGGUCAACAGAGCGAAGAACCAGAACCAGAAUGUGGAUGCGCAGGCGGAUCUUCUGGUGGUGGUGCUGCUGUCUUGGUGACCACGGGAACGGGUGUGAUCCCUUCUUCUGGUGGGCUUGGAUCGUCCUCUCCACCAGCUGUCAUGGGAGGUGUAGAACAUGAACAUCAACACUCUCAGUCCGCCAUCGAUGACACGAGAAAUGAGAACAACAACAGCCCACAGCCUAAGCGACGUAAUAGCGCUUUGUCUACUCGAGAACAUCAGAAGAACUCAUCUUCUAGUACUAAAAAUUUCAAAAGCAGCUAUGGGCACCAUGUUUCUAGCUCCCUCGACAUCAGCACUACGAUCCGUGAAGAAUUCUCAAAACUGUUUCAGCCUACUGAGGUAGAAACUCAAUUUGCCGCGCAAAUCGAGCAAGGGACGAGCAUGCUGCACUACAGCAUAGACAGCGGACCUUCGGCGUUCAACAAGAGCGCUCCUUUGCAGGACAAUUGUACUCCGCAGUUCGCCAACAACAGUAAUCGUCUACGUCUCCCAGCUGUCAACAUUCGCGAAUCUGUCUACAAUCUAUUACGGAGCACACCCUUGAGAAAGACGCGCACACUGCCAGCACAGGCGCAGUCGUUGUUGUCGAAUGUAUUGCCUACGACGAAUAAGUGUGAGGAGGAUCAUCAUCAUCUUGAAGAUGGUGAUAUUCAGAUGAACGGAGAAGAAUUCCCCUUGUCCUUGUCUUCUAGAGGAAAAAACCCUGCAAGAAACUCAACAACUAUUGAGGUUCCGAAAUCCGAUUUCGUCAUGCUCGAUGUGCGGCAACCAGGUGGAGCUCGGACAGAGCCAGCAACACAUCUGAGUCUCCUGCGGAGGCGCAUACUGCCUAAAACGGCUCAACCAUUGCCUUUGGGGAAGAGAAGAACGCCACCGAAGGAUUUGGUGAUAGACAUUCCGUCUCCGCCAAGGGAGAUGAUGCUUGCGACUGAUGUGAUCAGAAGCUCUGGUGUUGCAAAGACGGAAGAUGUGCUAGUAAGAGAUCCUCUAGUACUAGAAGUAGAUCAUGCAACAAGUGCAACAACAACACACGAAAAUGUAAAUGACGACGCGUCAUUCCAACCUGCACCAGUUCAAGAAGUACCAGAAUUCACUGCUACAACUGUUUAAGGGUAGGCUAAAGGUGUUCUUGUUACCGUUCGUUUUGCCUUCCUGAAUGGGGAAAGGCAUAACGAACGGGGUAAAGACGAACACCAAAAACCUACCUCUAAAUUGUGCUGCCAUCAUUGGAGAGGCAGAGCCCUGAAAAUGUGAAGCAAAAAACAACUACUAGUACACGUCCAAUAAAAACUGUAGUACAAGACCUCAACAACAACGAAGCUAUAAAGCAAGCACGAUCUGCCAUCAGACCUCUCACCCAAGAACACCAAGAACACCUCUCACCUCCUCAAGGUAGUAAAAAUGCCAGUUUCUGGCGUAAUUCUCCAGCUUUCGGCACUCCCGGCGCACGCUCUAGACUCGUUGGAAGCGCUGUUUCGUCCUCUGGUAAGAAGUCACAUUCUUCUACUGAAGAAGAAGACUGCUGCAAUUUGGAAGAAAGUUUGCUUGCAGGAACACCAGGACCACCGAUGUUGACGAGAGAAACACCGAAUUUACUUCUUGCCGAUGAGGAUGACGAAGUUGCAAUUUCGCCCUCUCCACCUCUUCAGAAACGGUUCCUUAGAAGUACUGACAUCGCAACGAAACAGAGACGAAAAAGUGCUACUCUACCUCUGAACCACGGCUCAUCUUCUUCUAAGGCGAACUACUACUACAAUUCCACUGGUGCUUCAACAUCUACUGCGAGGACUUCUUCAAAAGCAAAGAUGUUAAUAUCGCAAAGCCAAGAUCGGUUGCUACUUCCACCUCUUUCUCAAUCCGCAAUGAAAACGAGAAAGUCAGCUACGAUGGGCGCGACGCCCGCGCGCGUGCAAGCGCUAUGGGCACCUCCAGUGCCGCUGGUUUGCUGA